AUGACCAAGGACAACUCAAGUUCGCUCGCAAACAGCGACACCCCAAUACCGGUGGUUCAGAUCCACCCUGCAGAUGGCUCAGGACCGCAAACGCCAGAUCCAGAACAUGGCUCACAUCGACUGUCUGCCAGUAAGCUCAAAGACAAACUCCAGUCGCUUGGGGACGACAUGAGCCGUGAGUCGACAGGGAGGAUGGGCGAUAGGAUGAUCAACCUGCUUCUCGCUCAGGUCUUGCCCAGCGAGGAUCCGUCUUCGACAUCGCCUCCAGAUGACAGCUACAACGCAAGCCCGCAGGUCAAGGACCGCCGAUCACGUAGCUAUGUCGAGCGCCCAAACUUCAGCCUUCCAACUAUGUCUUCGAACUUCCGGCGCUUCAAUUCUCGCAUUGGUGUAGCAUUCGUCUUUCAAAACCGGCUCAUUCGUCUUUUUACCUGGCGACAGCCCACCCAGACACUGUCCUUCCUCUUCAUGUACACGUUCAUCUGCAUCGACCCACACCUACUCCCCGUCCUCCCUCUAGCAUGCUGCCUUUUCUUCAUCAUGGUACCAGCCUACCUGACCCGACACCCGCCGCCACCAACGUCGUACCCAACGGACCUGUACCCCAUCGGCGGCCCACCGCUCGCAGACGCACCUACCAUCAAGCCCGCCCCCGACUUCAGCAAAGACUUCUUCCGCAACAUGCGCGACCUACAAAACUGCAUGGAAGACUUUUCUCGCGGCCACGACGCCGUGCUCCAAUUCCUGACGCCCCUGACAAACUUCUCAAACGAAAACCUCAGCUCGCUGCUCUACAUCGUACUUCUCCUUGUCUCGUGCGCGCUAUUCCUGGUCUCGCACCUGCUCCCCUGGCGCUUCAUAUUCCUCCUGCUCGGUUACGGCGCGACUGCCAUGGGGCACCCGACUGUGCAAGGCCUCCUCGCGACACCGGAAAACGAGGCGCUCAUUGCCGACGCCGAGCACGAAGGCCGCUCCCUCCUGCUGUCUGCGAGCAAACAGGACAUCGAGCUGCAAACCAGCAACGAAGCGCGCGAAGUCGAAAUCUUCGAGCUGCAGCACCGCGCCCUGCACGACCAGAGCGGCGAGUACGAACCCUUCAUCUUCAGUCACUCCCCUUACUCCCCCCUCUCACCCGCCCGCAUAUCGGGCGACAGACCGCGAGGCAGUGCCUUUUUCGAAGACGUCCUACCGCCCCGCGGAUGGCGCUGGAGCGACAAGAAGUGGACGCUCGACAUGCUGAGCCGCGAGUGGGUCGAGGACCGCUGCGUCACGGGCGUCGAAGUGGAGAUCGAGGGUGAGCGUUGGGUGACGGAUUUGCACUACGAGGUCCUCGACGACGGGAACAGGGACAGGACGAAAGCGCACAGGAAAGGCAAGAGCAGGGACGUCGGCGAGCAGGAGAGGGAGGUACUGAGGCGCGCGUGGGAGAGCGGGCGGCCGAGUCGCAAGGGCGAGUGGAGACGCAGACGCUGGGUGCGCAUGGUGGAGCGCGUGGGCAGUGGUGCUGUGCGUGUCGUCUAG